AUGUCCACUACCACUACCACCAUCACCCAGGAGACCGUUCCCUCCUCUGAUCCUCAAUACUAUGGCAAACUCCGCUACAUCCCCCAGGGACAGACGCCAACUCCUUCUGCCCAUAACUUCCACCUGCCGGCCAUCGCUGAGUUCGGCGACGUUCGUCUACAGCCAUUGAUCGACAUGCGCCCUGUGCCCACCGUAGCAGAACUUCCCCACGCCAAAGAGGGCGCCGCCCAAUUACCCACCCACGGCUUCACUGCCGUCAGGCACCCUACUACAAUGAACUCUGCGCCCUUCACCCGCGCCAGCUGGAAUGACCCCAAACUGUUGAAGCAAUACUACGUGCCAGACACCGAGGAAAUGGUUAAGCAAAUAACGGGUGCAAAAACAGUCAUCACUGAAGCCCUCCUCCUCCGCAGCGCAAUCUGGUCUGAAGAAGACGCGCUGGCAACCCACGCCGGACACGGGCAGAAGAAAGAAACCGAACAAGAGAAGGAAAAAUCCCAAGAAGAAACGGAUUUGGAGCUCGGUUUCCCCCAAUUCAUUGGCUUUUCUCCCACAACAGGCGGCGCCAGUCCAGCACCCAAGGUCCACUUGGAUUAUGCUCCCAACGGAGCUCGCACUCACUUGCGAAAAUACCAUCCAACCAUGACGGCAGCUGCGAAAGAUAUCAUCGCUGCCGAAGACAGCCUCCUCUCCCAAGGCAAAUCUCUCCGUGAGUCGUACGCCGCCUCCAAGCUCGGCCCCCGCUGGGCACUAUAUUCCAUCUGGCGCCCACUGAAACGUGUACACCGGGACCCGCUCGCACUGGGCGACGCUCGCACGUUCCUAGAAUCCGACUACGUCCCCGUCAUCGUCAAGACUCCUAACCUAGGCAUCCCCGAGACAUCGACGCACGACACCGAAAGUUAUCUGGCCCACUGGUCCGAAGGGCAAAAGUGGUAUUUCAUCUCUCACCAGGAGCCCGAGGAAGUCCUAGUUAUUAGCCUGUUCGAUUCCGACAGAGACAAAGACACCGUGGCCGCUGGUGGCACCUUGCAUAGCAGCGUCGAUCUUCCUGGUACGGAGGGUGAGGAGCCCCGCGAGAGUUUGGAGUUGAGAUGCUUGGCCAUUUGGGAGUGA